CCUGGACCCCAGAGGAUUUUACAACAACCAGCUAAAGUGGCCGCUGACAACAAGCCAGUGAACCUGAGCUUCUUUCUCACAGUAGGCCAGGUUGGCCUAAAUUUAGAGAAGUCUGUGGCUGCUGGCCUGGAUGUGGGAGGAACGCAAUCCACUGCCUAUAACUUUGCUUCAGAAAGGACAAAAGAGGACCGCCACACCUUCAGCACACACAGGGUCACCUGCAACCAUUAUGGUUACCGAGUAUCAGACAGAGCGCCUCUCAGCUCUGAGUUCAGCUCGGCUGUAGCUAAGCUACCAGGUUUCUACAACAGCUCCACCAGAGCUCAGUACAGUCAGCUCAUACACACCUAUGGCACGCACUACAUCCGCCAGGUUCACCUUGGUGGUCGACUAAGGCGAGUCACAGCUGCACGAACCUGUCUGUCCUCCCUGAAUGGACUCACCUCAAAUGAGGUACAUACAUAAAGCUCAUUAUUUAUAUAAUGCAAAAUCACAACAACAGUUGCCUCAAGGCACCAGCUAUUUUUGUGCAGA